ACGGGCGACUGCUGCUCGUACUGCAUACCUAAGAGUGUCUCUCUCACUGCUAGAACAUUAACAAAUUCAGACCGAGAGCAAUUCUUGACACAGGAAUUGGCAUUUUUUGCUAGUUCGAGAGGAAAAGGGGAAUACUGUACUUCCUUAAUAUGGAAAAGAUAUUGCAGGUUGCUCCCAAAGAGCUUUCUUUUCACCUGGAACUGAAUAAGCCCCUUGUACAAACUCUGAAACUGAAGAACAUCUCCGAAGAAACGCUUUCCUUUAAAGUUAAGACGACGCAACCUAAAAGAUAUUUCGUUAAGCCGAAUGCAGCAAUAAUUGGAGCUGGAAAGGAGAUUCAAGUUUCUAUUGUUCUACAGCCGUUACAGGAGUUACCUCCAGAUACAAACAGUUGCCGUGACAAGUUUUUAUUGCAGGUGAUCAAAGUAGACAAGGGGGUAGAGUCAGAUGUUCAGAGUUUGUGGAAAAAUGUGUCUCCGGAAUCCUUAUACCAGCAAAAGUUUCGCGUAAGCUUUGUGGCAGGGGAUAGUCCUUCUCAAGACGACUUGAAGACCAAGAAAAGUGACACGAGCAUAGCUUCGACCAGUUCAAACCCUGAAGACAACUUCGAAAGCCUGAAAGCCGAAAACAUAGGAAAUUUAAGAGAGCUUAGCAGUAACGCAACACAUAUGGAGAAGGACUCAAAAGGGGUUACAGAUGCUUUUCCUGGCAACGAAGUGCAAAACAAGUUGGCGGAAACUGGAACAAUUUCGAAGACAACGUCUCCUGUAUCAGGAAGUGUUGAUGAAUUGAACAUAGAAGAAAGGUACCAGUUGGCCUUAGAUCGUAUUGGUAACCUUUUGAAAGAAAAGCAAACUUACGAGGCAGAGUUGGCCAAACUUCGUUCUUCACUGGACGAACAAAUGAACAAAGACUCAGAACCGACCUUUCAGCGGAAAAAUUCUAAGAACAAGUUGUCUCUUUCUUAUUUGCAGAUAUUCAUUCUCUUGGUGGUCAGUUUUCUAGUAGGAAAAAUAUUUUGAUGAACUACUGCUUUAUUAUUCUCAAAAAUCUCCAAAUAUCUUUCCUAUAAUUAUUAUGAAUAGUUUGUAUGAGCUCCAAAUACUUUUCAAGAUAGAAGCUUGAAUUCUGCUGACAACAUCGCUUUCGUUUUAUAUUACAACCGAUGACUUGUUUUGGUUCCCA